AUGGGCGCCAAAACAUCCGAAGACCAACCACCUCAGGGAAAUGGAGGACCAAUCUCAUCCAGCCCCUGCUCCGCCGGCGGAGAACCCCGCGGCGCGCACCUGUCGCGUGAUGGGGAUGGCAGCCUCGGGGAUCAAGGAGAUGAUGACGACGACGACGACGAUGAGGACGCUGCCUCCAUGCCGCUGACAGACCACAACAAGAAGAAGCGAAAGCGAAAGCCAAAGAAGAAGAAGAAGAAGACUGCCACCCAGCAGUCAUCGCCCCCAAGAGUGCCGCUGACCGAGCUCUUCCCAUCCGGAGAGUAUCCCGCCGGCGAGUUCCAGGACUACUCUAAUGACUUUAACACGGCCCGCACGACAGCCGCGGAGCUGCGUUAUCACGGCCGCCAGCACCUUGAGGACCCAACACUCCUCAACGACUACCGCAAGGCCGCUGAGGUACACCGCCAAGUCCGGCAUUGGGUCCAGGACAACGUCAAGCCGGGUCAUACUCUCACAGAGAUUGCGACGGGCAUCGAGGAAGGCGUGCGCGCCCUCCUUGGGAACCAGGCGUUGGAGCCUGGGGAUGGGUUGAAGGCUGGAAUGGGCUUCCCCACCGGCCUCUCACUCAACUCGUGUGUCGCGCACUACACGCCGAACCCAGGCCAACGGGAGAUUGUUCUGCAGCAUCAGGAUGUCAUGAAGGUCGACUACGGCGUGCACGUGAACGGCUGGAUUGUCGACAGCGCCUUCACCAUGUCCUUUGACCCGGUGUACGACAACCUCCUCGCCGCAGUCAAAGACGCGACGAAUACAGGUAUCAGGACGGCCGGAAUCGACGUCCGUAUCUGCGACGUCAGCGCAGAGAUCCAGGAGACCAUGGAGAGCUACGAGGUCGAGAUCGGCGGCAAGACGUACCCGAUCAAACCGGUGCGCAACAUCUGCGCCCACGACAUCAAGCACUACCGUAUCCACGGCGAGAAGGCGAUCCCGUUCAUCAAGAACAACGACGAGACCAAGAUGGAAGAGGGUGAAAUCUUCGCCAUCGAGACCUUUGGGUCGACCGGCCGCGGCAAGACGCACGACGACUCCGGCGUUUACGGGUACGUGCUGAGCGACGACGCGCCGAAGCACGUGUCGUUGCCGUUUGCCUCUGCGAACCGCCUGUACAAGGUUAUCAAGGAGCAGUUCGGCACCAUUGUGUUUUGCCGUCGGUACCUUGAGCGCCUUGGCGUCGAGCGGUAUUUGGCCGGGCUGAAUUGUCUUGUCCAGCACGGCGUUCUCGAGUCUUAUCCGCCGAUGGUGGAUGUCAAGGGGUCGUAUUCUGCGCAGUUUGAGCAUACGAUUCUACUUCGGGAGGCGAGUAAGGAGAUCAUCAGUCGCGGAAGCGAUUACUGA